CAGAAGGUAUGGUGCCAACUCAUCACUCAAACGACCAGUCGUAUAUAAAAAGAGAUGAGCUGUUUUCGAUUGAUAGUUAAUCUGUUCGCCAAUAAGCAGUGGCAAUGAAGUCAGGCGAACGAGAUGUUGCUUGCAGCAGCUCGAAAAGUGAUGCAGCUUUUGAUGCUGAUGCUAUUCUCGUUCAUCUAGGCAGUACCGGUUGGUUUCAGUUUCGAUUUUUCAUCUGUCUCGCUUACGCUGUCCUUUUUCCAACGGCCACCAUUCUUGUCUUCAAUUUUACGGGGGCCACGCCGGCUCACAGAUGUUUUGUAGAUGGUUGUGACGAUAGUAUUAGUCCACAAUAUUUGGCGGAAUGGAUGGAUGCAACUGUCAUUAUGGACCUGCAUAGUAACGCGAAAUGGCAAUGUGAAUUUCCCAAGUUCGCCAUUUUGUCCGACUGUGCCAACAUCACCACCAACGAUGUCUGCAAUGGCUGGAUUUUCGAUAAAUCCAUUUUCACUAGCACAAUUGUAACUGAUUUUCUUUUAGUUUGCAAAGAUUCUUGGAAACCCACGUUUGUUUCUUCUCUUACGAUGGGAGGCAUUAUGGUCGGUGCAUUUUUUCUCGGGCCUUUACCAGACAUAAUUGGACGCCGUAAAUCUGUUUUAAUUUUGAGUGUAUGGAUGAGUGUGUUUGGCAUUGGAUUAUCAUUCUCACGUAACUACGAAGAAUUUGCCCUACUUCGCUUUCUUAACGGUAUGGGUUGUAUUGCUCUUAUGCAAGCUCUGGCAAUUUGGGGUGUAGAAGCCAUGGCAUCAAAAGUGCGGGUCAAAUUCAUCUUCGUUAUUUACUGUUUCCAGUCGCUAGGUAAUUUGUUGACCGGUCUGCUGGCCUACCUUGUUCGCGACUGGGUUACGUUACAACUCUAUCUUUUCGUCCCGAUGACUGUGACCGUCACUUACUUCUUUGUGCUUCCGGAAUCAACUCGAUGGCUGACUGUCAAGAAAAGGUACGACGAAGCCAAGAAGAUCUAUGAGCGAGCAGCCCUGCUUAAUAACAGGGAAAUACCUCCGCAUUUGUUGCUGAUUCCGGUGGCUGAUCCACUGGAAUGUCUUGCAGUAGGAGGCAGUAGUCCUUCGUAUAAUAGUCCGGAAGACGCUAGCCCCUGGAUAUCCAUAUGGCAUAUUUUUAAAACACCCUGUUUGCUGAAGCGAUUGCUGAUCCUCUUUUGUACCUGGGCGUCUGCUAUGUUGUCUUAUUACGGUCUGUCCUAUUCAGCUUCGAACCUGUCUAAUGAUGUUCAUCUUAACUUUAUAUUGACCAUAUUAGUAGAGAUUCCUGCCUAUGUGAUUGGCAUGUUUGCAGUGGAUUUACUAGGACGAAGGUCGGUUAUCAACAUAACUUUAAUGCUUGGAGGAACAUCCUGUCUCCUAGCCGGUCUCGUGCCACAUGAUCAUUACGAAUUAAUUGUGGGCUUCUCGCUGGUCGGCAAGUUCUUUAUUUCGAUGCAGCUUGUGACAGUUAACGUGAUUACUGCUGAAUUAUUUCCUACUGCUUCGCGGGGCCUCACCAUCGGACUGUGUUCGACGAUGGGAAAAAUGGGCGGAAUCUUUGCUCCAAUUAUGUCUGCAAUGGGUGCAGCAGACAGUAGCCUUCCUUACGUUCUUUUCGGAGGCAUAAAUCUCACUGUCGGAAUGCUGAGUUUAAUGCUACCAGAGACAAAAAAUCUUCCGAUACCAGCAACCAUUCAGGACGCCAAAGACAGGGAACUAAAAACACUUGAUCCAUUCGGAUGCAUCCGUAAAAGGCAACAACAAAGUACGAUCGCAUUGAAUACGAGUACUAAUUCCAUCUGACAACCCCGCUACCCCAUGCCCCCAAUACGUAAUGUAAAAACUAUAUAGCUCUUCGCAUCGCUUGUUUUUAGUUUCCGUUCUCCAGUUAUUUUGAAGUACGUCAAAAUGUUAAUCGUUUAUAGGUUAAAAAUGUUUGACCUAAUAGAAAAUGGAUUGAUUGCUUAUAAGGAAUCACGAGUGGCACUCUUAAUUGCUUGCCCUGACAUGCUUCCGUGGUUGCAGUGCCAAGAUCCUUAUUAAAUAUUAAGUAGGAAGUGCGAGGUGGCCGGUAGCAAUAGUGUAACAAAAGUACGCGCAUGUCUCUCCAAACUACUAUU